UUAGUCUUUGGCCUAUAAAAGGGGAUGCCAAAGACAAGGAUUAUUCUAUUCUGUAAGUUCGAUUCAAGAACGAAAUGGUCGCCCCCUGGAAUUUAGUGUUGGGGUCAAUCGUUCUGUUUCUAAGUCAGACAGCGUUUGCAGAGACAUGCGGAACCAACUUAACCGCAAAUUCGGGAUCCAUCAUCUCCCCAGGAUUUCCAUCAGAUUAUGACAACAAUCUGGAUUGUGAUUGGUACAUCAACGCUCAAGGUGCUAUUUCUUUUUACAUCUCGUCCGCUGCAUUCGUAACAGAGACUUGCUGCGACAAGCUUACAGUUUCUAUCGUUCACAAUGACUUAACUGAGACAACUAUCUUAGUGACUAGCGGAAAUGCUCCGUUCAAAAGACCUUUCCUGAUAGGACAAGGUGACGUUGUACGCAUUCACUUUCAUACGGAUUCUAGCGUUACCCGUUCUGGAUUUCGUCUCAUCUACAAAGCGAUAGCAACAUGCCCUGAGUCUUGGAGCUACUUCCAAUGCAACGAUGGUGCCUGUGGUGCACCCUCUUCUAUUACCUGCGAUGGUGUUAACGACUGCCACGACGGCUCUGAUGAGUGGGGAACGAUCUGCCCAGGUCACGGGUUAUGUGGAAGUAACAUCACUGCUCAGGACGGCACGUUUACGUCACCAGGAUGGCCCAUAUCAUAUGGUGACUUUUUAUCCUGUGACUGGUUUAUUCAUCCAGAUGUGUCCACCUCGUUCUACAUGAAAUCUCUUGUCUUUAAUACAGCGGUCAAUUCUGUUUUGUCAGUUUCUGUCCUAUCCAAUGACAGUUUCAAGGAGAGAAAUGAAUCAGUGACACGGAUGAACGAAGUGGUGCAUGAUGCUUUCCGAAUUGAAAAGGGAGACGUAGUGCACGUCCGCUUUACCACAAAUGACACAACAGUUGCAUCAAAAAGAUUCCAACUCGCGUUUGUUGCUAAAGAUACGUGCCCUGAUUCUUCGACAUAUUUCCAAUGCCACGAUGGCUCAUGUGUUUACGCAUCGUGGACCUGUGAUGGUAUAAACGACUGCAGUGACGGUUCCGAUGAGCUCGGUUCAACAUGCAUUGAUGGGUGCAGAGAGGCGUCAUUGGUUCAUUGUGCCAAUUUUCAAUGUGUUCAGGGCCGUCUUUGCGACCGUUCUGUAGACUGCAGCGAUGCGUCUGAUGAGGUAGAUGGCUGCGCUGUUGCAGAUGAGAUAGCAGUUGGCGAUAUACUGGAGGCAACCGUUAACUUCGAAACCGGCAUGACAUCAAUUAAUAUAGCACUGUGCGGUAACGAUUCGUGCGAAGCAAUUACCUUAGUUGGCUUCUCUACCAGGGAAUUGGCAUUGGCAUACGAGAGCUAUAGCCAAUGCAACAGUUUGGGAGUAACGUGUGACGCUUCGAGUCUUUCUAUCUGGGACUAUCCCAGUGGAUUCCAGGGUUUUACUGCAUCAUUAUACAAUUUCCGUGUCACAGCCCGAGUAGACUCUUUGUCAGUAGGGUUAGUAAACGCCGACGACUCCAAGGACGCCAUUCUACCUAUUGCGUCCUACAGCGGAAAGAGGCUUCUAAUAUCCCCAAAGGCUAUUACGACAUGGAUAAAUGGAUCCACAACAACUGCGGAGUCUUCUACAUCUACUUCUUCACCUACUACUGACUGGGCGCCGACUACAACUCCUCCGGCAACCGAUUUAUCAUCUUUGCCCACACACGCCUUGUCUUCAACCGCAAUCACCCCAUCUUCUGCAACUUCGACCACAAGCGCGCCAUCUCGUGCAACCUCGAUCACUAGUGCACCAUCAACCACAACCCCAACUAUCACCACAACCACACCACCUACCAUCACAACACGAGUCUUCACCACCACGAUACCCACAUCUUCCAAAACAACAGCCACUGCGACCACAUUUCCCGUCACGUCCACGGCUGGCCCGACCAGACUUACCAGCAGCACAACGCCCACCACUCCCCUUUCGCCGACAACCAUCCACCCCGGCCCAGUGCCAAACGCCACCACAUCCAUCACCCCAACGCGAGGCCCCUUGUCGUCAACUGAACCAACCUCUUUCCCUUCAGCCCCGACUACGCUCGGACCUGUAAGUCCCAGUCCCACGACAGAAGCACCGCCCUCCUCCUGGCCACCUGCGCCUGCACCAUCAGACUGUCCUACGGACUUUCCACUGUCUUUCCAGUACUUGCUGAUACCCGUAACGGGUCGCUGUCAGUCAUACGUCAUAUGCUUUGAUGGUUGGGGUCAGUCCAUGAAAUGUCCCGGGCCGCUGACAUUCAGUUACGUCGAACAGAAGUGUGUUUGGUCAUGGGACUUCAAUUGCCGUAGUUCUUAAUACGAUGCGGAGGGUUGAACGUCAAAAUAAUUCAUCGUGACGCAUUGUUUUUAUCGUUGCGUUACCCGUUCUCAACAAAUAAAUCAUGAGAGUCGUUCAUAA